AUGGCAGGGGAGGAGCCCGCAAAGGGAAGCCAGAGCAGCAGGCGGAUGGAUCUGAACCUCAAUCCGUUGCCAUGGUCUCCAGGCCGACUAGGUGGGGCUAUGGAUUGUCCUGAGCCGACACAGCUAUCGGAGAUGCCCAUCGCUGAACUUCUAAGAAUGGAUGAGCCACCAGGAUUGUUGGUACUUGAGGAGCCACCGCUACAGCCCUUUCCGGAGCUAUCGCUGAGGAGGCAGGUGUCCGAUGCGCUCUCCAUGCCAGAUGUCUCCAAUCCAUUGCUGACGGAUCCAAUGAUCCUCGAGUGGCUCGACGGACUCAUUAUAGGAAAUGGAGAGGGUCUUGAUGAUGGUGAACCAGUUGUGGUGCAAUCAAACGAUGCCAAUGCCUCGUCAGCGUUGCCGCCGCCACUACUACCGACUCUUGCUGGGUUGGAAGAGGUUGGUCUUGAAAGGAUGGAAAUGGCCAGUGCGACUCAAGGGCGCGGCAGUGUCUCAAUUGUAGAUUUGACGCCUGAAUUCCGCCUGCAGCUUGCCAUCCAGGUGGGCGAACAUGACCGCAUUGUGAGACCUCGACGAGUGAGCCACUACGAGCAGGCAAGUAGUCCAGAAGCAGAUAGACUGGUCCAGGCUAUCACUAGGUCUCAUAGCUCACUAGGCGUAUCAAGGGGUGCUAUCAAGAACUGGAACUGCGGAUGCAACUCAAGUUUUGAGUGCAAUAUCUGCCUAGAAGCAGACAAAGAGCCAGUGGUUACACCGUGUGGCCACUUCUUCUGUUGGCCAUGCUUGUACCAGUGGCUCAAUGGACAUUCAAUCCACUCUGAGUGCCCUGUCUGCAACAGAGAGGUGUUCGAAGUAAACGUCACACCGAUUUAUGGAAGAUCAGUUCAUGAAUGUGACCCCUCCAACAAUGAUGUCCCUCCUAGACCUCAUGCUAACACAAUGGAGAGCUUGAGGCAACAGUUGCAAACGCAAGACCCAAGAGGCAUCGCCUCAGCUGACCCAGUACCGCUGCACGCGGGCUAUACAGCUUCCCAAACACUGUUGGAAGUAAGCAAUCCUGCCCCUAACGGUGGCAUUGAGAUUACAAUGCCAUCUUGCAGUGCUGAUAAUGCUGCCCUUGCAAUUCUUUGA